AUGUCUUUGAGCGGUCCAGCAAACAAGAAGCUCAUUACGAAAUUAAAAAGUGGAUACACAGUCACUCAACAGCAGGACAUCCAUUCAACAGAGAAGCUACUCCCCAAGACGAACUGUGCGUACUGCAAGGGCAGGCAUUUCAUCGCAGCUUGUCCAUUAUUUAAGACACUCAUCCCAGUGAAGAGGAACGAGUUCGUUGUUAAUAAGGAGCUGUGCUUCAGGUGUUUGGGUCCCCAUCGAAAGCCGAAAUGCAAGUCAACCAAGACGUGUCACGAGUGCAAUCGAGACCAUCAUACGCUAAUCCACAACGGGAGCUCGUGGACAACGGCGCCAUCGAUUGGAGCGGGAUUCCGAGCAACGGAGAGAAAUGAUGAGCAUCCAAAACCAGGCACCUCAACCAGAUUAAGUACAUCAUCAGCAUCAUCAGAGAUCAGCACUCCGAGAAUCAAUGAGAGGUCAACAGAAAUCUAUGCAGUACAUCAUCCAGAAGAAGACCAACAAGCGGUAUUACUCGCCACCGCAAAACUAAGAGCACAUUCACCUAGAGGAUUCAUGGUGAAAGCAAGAGCGCUAAUUGAUCAAGGAUCAGAGCUAUCCUUUAUUACUGAUCAAUUAGCACAUCAACUGCAACUCAAGAGAAGGCCAUCAUCAACAGAAUUAAUAGGAAUUGGCGGACUCAAUUCAGGCAUCACUCAGGGCGUAGUGAAUGUCAUUCUUCAAUCAACUCAGGGGCAUAGGCACAUCACAAUCAGCGCCCACGUACUGAAGAAAUUGCCGACUACACUGCCAUCAUUCUCAUGUACACUAGCAGACAUCGGCUCACUAGAGAAUCUUCACCUAUCCGAUCCUCAAUAUCUCAGACCUGGACUGAUCGACAUCAUCAUAGGAGCAGAUUAUUAUGGGCGGAUCAUCGAGAAUCAGAUCAUCAAGUCUAGACGAACAGCAGUAGUUGGCCAACGCACAGCAUUUGGUUGGAUACUAUCAGGGCCAGUCAAAUGCACAAGUUGUUCAACGAAGAUUUCUUUAUCGGCCGUAAAGGAAUCCACCAAUGAACAACUACUAGAGCUUCUCCAGAAAUUUUGGGUCCAGGAAGAAUUGCCAAUUCAUCAUCAACAUUCAGAGCUGUCAAUAGAGGAACUCGAGUGCGAGAAGCACUUUCAAGAAACCCACCGCGGAGAUGAAUCCGGACGCUACAUAGUGAGACUUCCAUUGAGGACGUCAUCAGCAGCGCUCGUCAUCAGCAGGCUCAACAAGGAUCCAGCAUAUUCCCAACUCUACAAGGAAUUCAUCAAGGAAUAUGAAGAAUUAGGACACAUGAAAAGGGCGUUAGAAAUUCCAGAACUAUCAACAGCCUACUAUCUGCCGCAUCACGGAGUUUUAAGAGAGGACGCCAUCACAACAAAGCUGAGAGUUGGAUUCAACGGCUCCAGCGCCAGCUCAUCAGGUAUGUCCCUUAAGGACAUUUUAUAUCCUGGUGUUAAAUUACAGAUCAACGCGAUGAACCUCUUAACCUGGAUGAGAAGACAUAAGCUCGUCUUUGGGACGGACAUCGUCAAGAUGUUCAGACAGAUUAAGGUACAUCAGGACGACUGGGAUCUUCAGAGGAUAUUGCGGAUCGAUGACGAUCAACAGGAGAUCACCUUCCAGUUAACCACAGUGACCUACGGUCUCAAUUGUUCGCCCUGGUUAUCACUCAGAAGGCUCCAACAACUAGCAGAAGAUGAAGGACACCGUUUUCCAGCAGCAGUCGAAGCGAUCACGAGAGGUCGUUACGUCGACGAAAUAUACGGAGGGUCCGAUCCAGAAGAAGGCCUCAAGGAAAUAGCAGUGCAGCUUCAAGGACUAUGCAAAGCAGGCGGUUUCGAUCUACAAAAGUGGAGCAGUAAUUGCCCAGAAGCUCUUCAUCAACUAGGCCUUACAACAGAGAGCAGCCUGAUUCAGUUUGAGGAAUCAGUGACAAAGGUACUUGGUUUGUGUUGGCACCAGUCAACCGACACAUUCAGGUACAAAUCGAGGAAAUUCACCGCAGCCAUCAUCACCAAAAGAACAGUGUCAUCGGAGAUAGCUCAGAUCUUCGAUCCAUUAGGAUUCAUCGCCCCAGUGGUAGUUGUGACGGAAUUUCGAACUAUCCCGUCCUAUCCCGUAUCUCCGACUCCGAAUAACAAAAAGGGGACUUUGGGCAGCAAGAAAGACCGCUUCACGGCAACUAAAAUGCUGAAAAAUAAUAGAAUAAAAGUCAAUAUUAUUGAGCUGAUACCUGGAGGUAUCUUCGCGAGAAAUCCGGUUGAGGGCCAGGAUAACACCGUGGAAUACCCAUGGCCGAGAUAA